UGCAGCGGAGUUUGGGCCCAGGCACAGCUAAUGACGUCAGACUUAAACACCGGAUAGGAGGCCGAGACUAUGUCUGCUCUGUGGACUGCAGCCUGCCAGACACCAUGGGCUAAGGCCCAGCCACAAGUGUUAAAUGCUGCACUUAGUUUCAAUAUUGAUCCCGUGGCUUGGAAGACCCUGAGGAACUCUGCUGCUGGUUUUGGCUACCAGGUGGUUCAAAGACAAUCCGAUUUGCUUGUCAGUGCCCCACUUGAACAGUAUUCACAAAACAGAAAGGGGAGAAUAUACAGGUGUACCAUCUCUGGUGAAAACUGCCUAAAUAUACAAUUUCGAGAGCCAGAAUUUGCUAUCAACAUGUCUUUUGGUUUGACAAUGAAAAGUGAUCCUGGAACCCAAAAUGCUGUGGCAUGUGGUCCAACUAUUCCAAAGGACUGCAAAAGUAUCACCAUGUACAGUGGAGUAUGCUUUCAAAUAAACCGUUCCAAUAGAUUUGAGCGUCCCAUACCACCUUCUGUCAAAGAAUGCCUGCUGCAAGCAGACAUUGCCUUUCUGUUGGAUGGUUCAGGGAGUGUAUAUAGCGAAGAUUUUCAAACAAUGAAGACCUUUGUGAAAAAUCUGGUUCGGUCUUUUCUCUCAAGUGAUACAAAGUUUUCUGUUUCCCAGUUCUCUACUUCAUCAAAGGUCCAUUACUAUUUUGAUAAUUUUUUCUCAUCUGGAUCAUGGGAAUCUAACAUUGAUAGAAUAAAACAACUAGACCAAGCAACUUACACAGCUGAGGCCAUCGAACAUGUUGUCCAAAAUGUUUUUACACCACAAAGAGGAUCCAGAUCAAAUGCAAAGAAGGUGCUGAUAGUUAUUACUGAUGGAGAAUCUCAUGACUCACAUCGCUUACCAUAUGUAGCAAGGCUAGCUGAGAGUAAAAAGAUUGUUCGAUUUGCUAUUGGGGUGGGGAAUGCAUUUAAUAAACCUGCUGCAGAACAGGAGCUGAAAACCAUUGCAUCGUCUCCGUCAGACAAACACAUAUUUCAAGUUAGGGACUUCAACGCCCUUGAAAUAAUAAGACAGAAUUUACAGGACAACAUUUUCUCUAUCGAAGGAUCACAAACCAGUGGAGAGUCACUGAAAAUGGAAAUGUCUCAAGAGGGAUUCAGUGCAGUUUAUGUGCCUGAGGGAAUUCAGAUGUCUAUUGUUGGUGCAAACCAGUGGAAGGGAGGCUACAUGCAAUACACAACAGGAGGCCAGAAGGUUACUCCAUGGCAAUUGCUAAAUCCUGGAGUGGCUCAGUGACAGUUGUUGGUGCUCCAAGAUAUAAACACAGAGGAGUUGUGUUUGCUGUUAACAGAG